AUGGCAACCCUCCCCCCAAUCCCCGAAGUAACGCGCUUGACACCGUCCUGCAUCCGCAUCCUCGCCGGCAACCCAGGCAAAUUCACCCUCCAAGGCACCAACACCUACCUCCUCGGCACCGGGCCCCGACGACUCCUCAUCGACACAGGCGAAGGGCGUCCCUCUUGGGCGACCGCGCUGCGCCGUGUCCUAAGCGAGGAACGGGCGAAAGUAGCCCACGCGGUGAUAACACAUCGGCAUGGGGAUCAUAUCGGCGGGGUGGGGGACUUGAGGACGUUGUGGCGAGAGGCGGGUCAGGGGCAGGGGGAGGAGGAGGGAGUGGGUUCAUGGACACAUGCCCGCAUUGCCGACGGGCAGCAAUUCCGGGUUGAGGGCGCGACUCUCACUGCUGUGCACACGCCUGGCCAUACACCCGACCAUGUGGUGUUUUUCUGGGAUGAAGAGGGCGCGCUGUUUACAGGGGACAACGUGCUCGGCCAUGGGACGAGUGUGUUUGGGGAUCUGGGGCAAUAUGUGUCCAGCCUUGAGAAGAUGGGGCAGCUGUACGAGGAGAAGAGAGACACCAAGGGGGGCACUGGGGCGGGGACCAAGAAGGCUUAUCCAGCCCAUGGGGAAGUUGUCGAAGACGGGCCAGGCAAGAUCGCGGAGUAUAUUCGGCACCGUGGGCAACGAGAAGAGCAAGUUGUACAAACACUUCGUUCGGUAGGCGCCGUGUCUACGACAGGAACGAAUAAUGGGAGUGAAAAUGGAAAUGGGGUCGCGUGGACUGUGAUGGAGCUCGUCAAAAGCAUAUACCGGGAUGUUCCGGAAAGCCUGCACCUCGCGGCAGCCAACGGCGUAGUGCAAAUCCUCCACAAGCUGGAGAGAGAAGGCCGAGCCGUUGCAGUGGAUGAUGGAGAGCGGUGGAGGCUUGUUAACGGUGCGGGGAGAUCUGCUUUGUGA